UCCAAAAGUAAACAUGCUCUCGUUCCCUUAGGGUAGCAGAUCAGCGGUGAGGCUGUUGCCAUAGAAACGCAGGCAGCACAGGUAGUCGUUAGCUGUUCGGGGGAAAGGUAUUGAAGGUUCACGCGUAUGUCAGGAAAGUGCUAGCUAGGCAGGUGGAUCUGGAGACCGGUUAUUAAAAAAAUUUAAAAAAAUAAAAAAAAGAAAGGAAUAUUAAGGGAUUUGAUAAAAAAAGACAACGACAUGUCGGAGCGAGUAGCGUCAUGUGGGAACCUGUAUGAUACAAACAACCUUCUGCUUCGAUAUUGCAAUGAUGAUAACGUAUCAUCCGGGAGUGGGAUGGAGAUGGAUGACCGUCUAUCUCAUCUGGAGCAGAGGGUGCAGCUGCAGGAGGAUGAGAUUCAGCUGUUGAAGGCAGCGUUGGCAGAUGCUCUGAGACGGCUGGGCUGCUGUGAGGAGAUCACACAGGCCAGCAGCAAGAAAGGGGGACCCACUAAAGUUCGGCAGAUACUGCAAGCUCUGCCAUCCAAGCCUCUUACCAAUGGCUAUGUCCAGUCAAAACGCUUGAGUGGCUAUCCCUCCUCUCCCUCCUCUCCUAAGAAGGAGGUGUUGAUAUCUAUCAAAAGAGCAUGUCCACAGAGCGUCUGUCCACAGUGAAGAAGGAGAUGGCCGACUCCCGCAGCAGAACCACCUCAUCCAGC